AUGGCGUCGACUUCGAUAGGGUCCAGACCUGCCACCAGUGGCAAAGUCGACCUCUCUCAGAAAUUAUCGCAACUGCGCUCAAGCACAAAUCGCCGAUCCCAGGCUGCAUCGACCCGAGAUCCAACGCCAAUAACCCCUCCUCUACCCUCGCCCCCCGACCUCUCCACCCACCAAUAUUCCCGUCCCGUCCGUCGCAUCUUAUCACCCAAAGAUCAUGAAUUGUUCCUUUCCUCACCCACCUACAAACUGGUCUUGGCCUUCACAUUCGGCCUAUCGGAUUCAGUACGCGGCCGAGCCUUGACCGACAUAAAAGGUCCCGAAUCCGACGCCAUUUCGAAAAUCGCCCAGAUCGUAGGACAGAUAAGGGCACUCGUGGAGAAUUGUCCACCAGAAGACCAAGGUGGCUCGCGAUUCGGAAAUCCCGCAUUCCGCGUCUUGUUUGACCAAGUCGCCGCCCAAAGCUCGUCAUGGCACCGGCAAAUCCUCGGUCUUACUGAUGCCGGGGCCAUUGAAGAGACAUCGACCUAUUUGAUCAAUUCGCUUGGCUCGCGGGAUCGUAUUGACUAUGGAUCAGGCCACGAGUUGAAUUUUAUCAUGUGGCUGCUCUCUCUGUACCAGUUGGGUAAACUCCCAGUGAGCGAGUUCGCCGCCGUGGUGUCCAAGGUCUAUCUUGAGUAUGUCCACUUGAUGCGCGAGAUUCAAUCAACGUAUUACUUGGAGCCUGCCGGUUCUCAUGGUGUCUGGGGUCUGGACGACUACCACUUCCUGCCAUUCUUAUUCGGAGCCAGUCAACUCGUGGACCAUCCCUACGUGACACCGCUGGGCAUUCACAACACCGCAUUGCUUGAUGAGGAAGGCGACAAGUACCUCUACCUCGACCAGGUGCGGUGGGUGGACAGUGUGAAGACGGUCAAGGGUCUCCGCUGGCAUAGUCCUAUGCUGGAUGAUAUCUCUGGAGCAAAGAACUGGUUUAAGGUGGAAAGUGGCAUGAAGAAGAUGUUUGUCAAGGAAGUUCUGGGUAAGCUACCCAUCAUGCAACACUUCCUUUUCGGCAGUCUCCUGCCUGCUACUGAAGGUAUGGGCGAGCUCUCUGGCGAAGAUGGAGACCACGAGCAUGAUCAUGAUUGCACACACGAUCAUCCCCAAGGACAUGGCGCACAUGCAGAUUGGUUUGGGGACUGUUGUGGUAUCAAGGUCCCCAGUACGGUUGCUGCGGGCGCCGAAAUGCGUAAACGAAUGGGUGGGUCGGGAUUGCGUCCGAUUCCAUUUGAUUAG